GCUCUAGGAACAGUGGACUGGCUCCCGCAGAUGUGCCUCCUCCCUCCGCUCUGAACUUGCAACAACGCAUCCCACAAUAUGGCCGCCGUGGGGAAUGGGAAUAAGAAAGAAAUCCCAGUCUCUCACUUGGCAUUUGGAGGAAUUGCAGUGGAUGUUCAAGUCUCUGGACAUUUAUUGGGUAAUGGCCCUAGAAAUCACUGGUCUGCCACAGCUAGAAAUCCUAGCCUAAGAUGAUCAGCUGUGCUUCCUGUCUCAAGCCUUUGGGAUAUUAAAGCAGGUGCAGGGGUUGAACCAACGAGCACAUAAGGAAGGGACGGUGGCGCUUCAGGGAAGAGGUGCUGUGAGAAAGAUUUCUAUCUCUCUCACACAAUCACAGCCGCACCCGAGUCGCAUCCAACAGCCUUUCUAUCAACCUACUCUGCAAUAGCAUGGCAAGAUCUAGUAAAGCGACUUUAGCGUUGCUCAUCUACGGAAUCAUGAUGCACUACAGCGCCUUCUGCACGCCUAUUGGGAUGGCUUUUCCUAAGAUGAGACUAGAAAAUGAUGUAUUUGACGAAGACGGCAACUCGUUAAGCGACCUGGCUUUCGGUAGUGAUCAAAUUGCUAUACGAAGUCCUCCAUCUCUCACGGAUGACCUAUACACGCUAUACUAUCCUCCAGAGAAAAGAACGGAAAGGCAUGCAGAUGGAUUAUUAGAUAGAGCCUUGAGGGACAUCCUGGUUCAGUUAUCAGCACGAAAAUAUCUGCAUUCUCUGAUGGCAGUUCGUGUAGGCGGAGGAAGCAGCGAGGAAGAUGAAUCUGAAGGCUUAUCAAAAAGGCAUUCGGACGGGAUCUUCACCGACAUUUACAGUCGCUACCGAAAACAGAUGGCCGUCAAGAAGUAUUUAGCAGCGGUCUUGGGAAGAAGGUACAGACAGAGAGUUAAAAACAAAGGACGCCGAUUUGCUUAUUUGUAGCGCUGACAAAACUGCCCCAACUGCCCUCCCAUGUGUACAUUCAACCCUAAGAUCAAAGUCAUUCUGACAUAACUGAAUAAUCAGUGGAUUGCGCCUGUGUUCUUUAAACAUGUAUUUAUGUAUGAAGUAAAGCCAUUAAAAUGAAUAUUUUACUAAUAA